AUGGAUGACCUAGCUGCCGAAAUAGCUAAAGUCAAGCUGCAGUCAAUUCAGGUGCACCAGCUUUGCCUCGACAAGGCGGGCGUUGCAGCUCGUCUGGUUGAGCUGCGCAGCGAGCCCAUCGUGCCAUUGCUGCUCAACCAAAUCCUAGCGGUGCUGAGGAACGCUCAUCACGAGCAGCCAGCUAGCGCAAAGAAGCCCUUCAGGUUCAUGACACCCGAGCAAGACACCAGGCAGUUUUCAGACAGAGACCUUGCUAGGGAAUGGAUUCCGGGCCUUGCCGAGCAGUUCCCACUUCCGAGGCCUUCUACUGAGACUCCUGGGACUCCUGUUCCAAAGAAGGGGGAAGAAGAUGAAUGA